GCUCACUUCAUCUCACGGCGAUCAAGCUGCUGUGCACUAUUGUCGAUUGAGUGUAGUGGUGUAUACAGUUCUGGAAAAGCGACCGAACGAAAGAGGCUAAGUGAAAUUUUUGAGUGGAUUUCUUCUCGAUAGACUCGUGCAACUACAGCAUUAUCUUCUAAACUCACGCAACCAACGUGCAUGAAAGAGGAAUAAACAUGACCUGGUUCUCCGGCCACCUGUCGCCUAAUAACAUGUUCUUCCUGGUGUCGUCAAGGUAGUAAUGCUUUUUAUCCGAGUCUACACGGCCGCCAGUACGAUGCUUGAUACCGAAGAUGACGACGCCGUUAUUCGCCCGACGCGAAGCAGUUUCCGUUCAAUAUCCAAGACUAGUGUAGCGUCUGUGCCGUUGAGCGUACCUGGUCUCUCGAUGCCAUCAGCUUCGUCUCUGCAGGGACCCAGCUUGUUGAUAAAUGUCGACUCUGCGUUGAACAUUGUCGCUGAUUACCACGUAGGUUCGGAAAACGAUCCACGAACUUCACAUGUGUAUUACGUCAGCGCAAGAUACCCACAUGAGCCUUUUGACGCCUUUUUAAUGCAAAGAAGGCAACCUAAGGCAGGACGAAGAGGCAAUCCACAACCAAGACAACUAGCUGUUGGGAGAGGCGAGGAUGAGGGGAAGAAGUACGACAAUGACAAUAGAUGCUGUUUAUUUUUCAACAAUUUGACGUUGCUUAAAGAGUACUACAGUCUAACAGAAUCACUGACAGAUGACUCAUUCGCUCUCUCACGAAAAACAAGUAACACAAAAUAAGUUCUUCAACGCCUCCACGUCACUCACCAGGCACUACGACUGCGUGUUCCACGUGCAGUUAAAGUUGCCGAUUUCUUUGUUGCAGGAGACGAAAGUAGUGAUUGUCUCCUUAUGGGAAGAGGACUCUCAAAAUGGGGAUGCGCUGUUGGGAGAGACGUUUGUGCCAUUAGACGAUUUUUUCGCUUUGUUUCAGCGUGCUGGUGGUGGGAUGAGGGGAAGCAAACUACUGGGUUCUUCACGUCGUGGGAGUUUCUAUGCGGCUGUGGACGAGGAGGACGCUUUGAGUAGGACGUCUGCUAGUAGAGAGUCUUCUUCUCGGUUGUUUCAGACGAAUGCUUGGUGUCUGGAAACUGAUUGGCAAGAUGAUCAAGAUGUAGGUUAUGGGCAAGAGAAAAAAAAAACUUUGCUGACUCUGCAUGUUGUGGCGCCUACUGUUGCUACCAAUUCAGGCGGUGAGCAACAAAAUAGAGGCACAGGACUGAAUGAAGGAGCAAUAAGAAGUUCGACGGGAAUGCGGACAUCAACAGGUAGCGGCUCUCGUGUGUCGCUUUCACUUCGUAAGAGUCAACACUCAAACACCCUUGAAGAAGAUCAAAAUACAAGAGCUGCAGGUGAAUAUAGUGACAGUGUCAGAAAUCGAAGUGGAAAUCAGUAUCAGUCCAGUCUGGAAAUACUGCAAAGAAAUCCACAGCAAAUGAAAACAAGAAGACCUCCUUUUGGCCCAAAGCCUCCGCCUGAGGCUUACCUUCAACCAGAGGUGAUGGAAGAGUAUAUUCCCCAAGUUAGGCAUAAUUACUAACUAAGGCACGAAGAU